AUGGAAGCAGAAGAAGCCAAUAAGCUUUACAGGAUUUGGAGGACCCUCAUGCAAAUGCUGCAAGACAGAGAAUACCACGUGCCUAACGAUCAAGCAAACUAUACUCUUGCCGCUUUCAAAGAUAAAUACUGUGAGUCCAAAACAAGGGAAGCCUUAAACUUCCAGUUCUCAAAAGUAGACGACGACAACAAAAAGAUCUUUGUUUGUUUCCCUGACGACCAAAGAAUCGCUGUCCCCAUCAUUGCAUCAGUUGCCCAAAGAAUGCACAAAGAAGGAUUCGAACGAGCAAUAAUUAUUGGCAAAGGGAUCAUAACCCCUUCAGCUAAAACUGCCAUUGUGGAGCUGCAAAAUCAUUUUAUAAUAGAAUAUUUCGAAGAAAAAGAGCUCUUGGUCAACAUCACUGAGCAUGAACUUGUACCAAAGCACAUUGUGAUGACUUCAGAAGAAAAGGGAGCCUUGCUAAAAAGAUAUAGAGUCAAGGAAAGCCAGCUCCCAAAAAUCCAAACUACUGAUCCUGUAGCAAGAUAUCUAGGCCUGCAGAGAGGACAAGUUGUGAAAAUUAUAAGGAAUAGCGAAACAGCUGGAAAAUAUAUUACAUACCGCUUAGCAGUUUAA